AUGGAAAAUGGCAGGCAAAUCACGGAGGCGCUCCAACUGUAUCUACAUGCCCAGAGACGUCUUCGUGAACAGUUGGAGAUUCAGAGGAAUUUACAGUGUCGAAUCAAAGAACAAAGGAAGCAACUCGAGAAGAUGUUUGAUCAACAAAAAACAAGUAAUAACUUGUUGAAAACACAGACCUUGGACAUUCCGUGCAAUGAAGGUGGCCUAUCAAAUAGUCUUUGUGAUACUCAGGUUUCAGCUUAUGAAGGCUCUGGAAACACUCAACUUUCCAUUCAAGAUAAGUCAGCCCAAGAAAGCAAAUUGUUCAAUGCUCAUUCUCACACAUAA